CGUGCCAUUCGCCGUCACUCACGCUCACCCACACCCCGACCCUCCGUGUCCGUCGUGGCACGUGUUGGAAGAGUGUACAUGCACCGGCCCGCACAGCGGCUACCCUAACAUCGUCUGCGAUGGUCACGAUAUGUCCAGCAGCGACGCGUUCAGCGUCAUGGCGGGGGUGCCCCGUGACGUCACCUACGCUAGCAUCGAGCUGCAUGGGUUCUAUGACAUGGAGGAGGUGCCCGAGCACGUCUUUGACGGCCUGCACUUUGAACACGGCUCGCUAAAGAUUGAUGACAGUCACCACGACGGGGUGGCGCCAGUGCUGCAUGAACACUCCUUUGAAGAGAUGUAUCAUCUGGAAGAACUCACGCUUUCCUACUUGAAGCUGACUGCUGUACCAACGCGCUUCGGCCCCACCAUCAUGGACCACAUCGUAAGGUUUAGCCUGAAGGGCAACGACAUCACCAGGGUGGGAGAUGACACCUGCUAUCCACAGAACGACCUCGUCGAAGUUAACCUUGCCGAAAACAACCUUGAGUACAUCCACCCAAAUGAGCUGUGCGGCAUGAAUAACCUGAAGGUUCUGGAUUUGACCUCUGCUGCCAUCCUUUACAUACAACCGGGCACUUUUGGCCACGCCGAAAACCUGGAAACUCUGGAGCUAGCCGGCAAUGGUCUGGUGUCGCUGCAGCCGGGCGUGUUCGCUGGUCUUCGCCACGUUGAACAUCUAGACUUCACUGGCAGCGAUUUGACGUGGAUUGCGCCGGGAGCCUUUGAUGAUACCGAAAGCAUCCGUGUGGUCGAUAUGCCUAGCCAACACCUCUACUACAUCGCAGAGGAUGCAUUCAGGGGACUGACAGACAUUGAAUACAUCGACCUGUCUGGCAACCAUCUUAGGACCCUCGCCAGGAAUGUGUUUGACGAAGACCUGGAUGAUCAUCAUCAUUACCACCAUCACCACAACGACGACCACGUUCAUAUAGAUCUCACGGAUAACCCGUUGAUCUGUGGCUGCGACAUCGCCUGGCUGACUGUGCAUCCAUUCUACACCACGGGCACGUGCACAAAUGGCAACAACCACGCCAUCAGCCUUUCCCACCUGCACCUAUCCUGCCCGUAAAAUCCCCGGAAGUCGAUAGAUGGCGCUGACAUCGGAGCAGCGCUGACCAAUGUUAACUGAUUUUGACUGUUUGUUUACCUGUUGAGUCAUUAAUAAUAUUUAUUCAUAUAUUUACUAAUAAUAACUGUUAUCGUUCGCUGUGAUGAGAAAAAAUCGUGUCGAUAUUACAGAUAUUAAAACAGCGUGAUAUUAUAAUGACACAAA